AUGACCGCUGUUGGGGGCCACGAGGCCGAAGUACUGAGGCUUGAGCCCGCAGCUGAUGCUGAAAAUGCCGCGGCGGAGGUUGCUUGUAGCGCAGCAGCGAGAUGUACCUCUACACCUGAGACGGAAAGCAAACAUCUCACACCCGAGACCUUAGACAGUGCACCGAGCACCGCUUACGGAAGUGUUGGUUUCAAGGGGAAUAUGAAAAUGGCCUUGACGCUACCCGGAGGUCCCCCCGUAUCGAGAGGUCGCCGCGGUUCGGCUCUUUCAUGCCGUGGCAGGAGGUCCCAGUCGUCGAAGUCACCCCGCUCCACGACGGGAAGCCAAGCGGCUUCUGUCAAAGGUGGAAACUGGCUACUGGGAACGCAACCACGUGUGGUAGGUUUGGGCACAACGGGGCUCUUUGAAAACGAAAAGAAGGAAGCGGAUGUGCCAGAGGGUGCGAGUGCGAUGAUUAACGGGCAGUUGAUUGUGGCACCGCCAUGUUGUAUCCGGCGGCUUCGGGACCUCGCUAUGUGGCGUGACCGGCAUCGGGACUUUAUUGCCGCCUUCCGCGCGCAGGACCCUCUCGAGCGUGUUAGUACCCACCGCCGGCAGCAGCGGCUGUUUGAAGAAAGGCACCGCCAGCAGGAAAAGGAGUACGCCGAUGAGGUUGGCCGCAUAAGACAGCGCGGAAAGUGGUUAAACAAGAUGUCACAACCGGCCGAUGCGGAAAGGCAGCAGUGGCUCAAAUCCCGGCGUGAGGCGUUGCAGGCGGGUCGUGAAGAAGUAGUGCUGAACAACAUGAAGAAGGGCGCGGAAAUCCGAGAGAAUAUUGCAAAGCAGCUGGUGGUGGUUAAGCAGGUGAAGCAACGACGAGAACUAACGGCGCGGAGUGCCGCGCGCCAGGAGCGUGACCUUCAAGGUGCCAGGAAGGAGGAGAUCCUCUCUAGCAUUUUGGAGCGAACGAAGGUUGCGCGCAACGACCGAGAUACGUGGCGUGAGUUUAUCCAAGAGUUUAAGAAUGAAGAAGAUAAAAUUAGACGGCAGUACCUAGACCAGUUGCGUUGCCGUGUCUUAACGAAAAGCCCCAGCGACUACCGUGACAACGAUGGGGGCUUUACACCGAUGAUCAGACCCCCUAGCGCCCCAACAGGCGACAGCGACAAACAGCAGUUUGACGGCACCCAGCGCUCUAUUGCAACUGCACGCCAGAGUACCAAUGACGGGGUGUUUCGUCGUCAGUUUCUCGCGGAAUUGCAGCAACAACGACUUGAGGGAGCCCGUGCAGCUGCGGACGUGGUUCGCGGUGAGCGCAGCAAAGCUAGACGCGAUGAGGCGCUUCGCGGCAAUUGCGACCGUGCGGAGAACCUUCGAGGGGAAAAGGGUAUGCUACAGGAACGGAAGCAGCAAUUGGAUAAAGAGAGGUGGCAGGCCUAUACCUUGUUGAGGGAGGAGCAUGCACUUGAGAAGAAGCAAAAGGAAGAGGCGGUUCAGCGGAUGUUGGACGAGAAGCGAGAAAGCGCCGCGGCUAUUAGAAUGGCCAGUCAGUGGAAGGAAGCAGAGCAUCGAUUACACGAGCAGGAAUUGCGGCAGAAAUUGAGGGAGCGUGCCGCGUAUGCACGAAGUUGCUCCUCCCGCGGGCAGACGCCGUCUUCAGUGAAGAGAACUCAGCAACAUAAUUGGCAGGUGCCGGCAAUAGUGUCCUAA